UGCUGCAGAGAAUCAAUGCCAAUCUAGGAACGGAAUCAGUUAUUUUAUUAAAAAAAAAAGACUAAUCUGCAGCACCGAAACUCACUCAAUGAAGUAUAAAACGUGGCGAGAGCGUUGUACUUUCAUUUCGGUUUCAGUUGUAGCGCUUGUGUUGGCUUCAUGGCCACUGAAAAGUUCUAUUGUGCCAGCUGCUAUGCAGUGAGGGUUCAACAACGUCGCCAAAUGGGGUUAUAAUGGACCGAUUAACUAGUGACAGACAUUGGUUGGCUGUUGUUUGAACAUGCAAACAUGAUAAGGCCAGGGGGUCGGUAAAAUCCGGUCUGAGGCCAUGUUUUUUAUUUAUAUAUAAGGCUAACUGAUAAAUCAAGAUUGUUGAAAAAGCAUUCGUCAAAUUUCAUUGUGAAUUAUAUUGCAAGUUCGUCACGGAUUCACUAACAAGAGGUGGAGAAAUAAGUUAAAGCAUUUCUUCUGUUUUCCUCCAGCGAAUUUGAAGCGCAAUGAAGAGGUAUUCAAAAAAAUCUUAGGCAUAUUGACAAAUCUAUGUAAGCUUUAACACGGGGGGCGGUCCCGUGGUACAGUCGUCAACUCGAACGACUCAAUAACAAGCCCGCCAUGGGUUCAAGCCCGAAAUGGACCGUCCCCCCGUAGCAAAGAUUGACUAUCCGGCUGCGUGGUAAUGAAUUAAGUCUCGAAAGCCUGUACAAGCCGGCAUGUCCGCAUAUGACGUUACGCCAAAUAGAAGAAGAAGAAGAAGAAGAAGAAGAUGUAAGCUUCAACAGUACACUUAUCGUACUGUGCGGUUACAGCGCAUGAAUACUUUGUAUAAAUUUGACUAGACAUGAUCCAAACGCCUAAUUGACGAGUGAAAAAGCCUAAUCACAGUUUUCGUCUAUUUAUUCACAUAUCUCAAAGAUUACCUUCAUAUCUCUUCACACCAUCUCAAAGUUUUGGUUUGCACUGUAAGAAUUUCGCUGAUAUUUUUUAACAAAUUUGUGCAACAAGAUGGCGUUUACGUAUGUCGAUGGUUUUCUUGUACGAACAUAAGUCUUUUCUGUAUGAAAAAUGCCUCGAAGGGUUUUGAAUUUCUUCACUACUUGAAAAGUUUACCGACUCCUGUUCUAGAUCAUUCUAAUACGCUAAAAGUUGUAGCAAAAAUUUUCUUAAAAAAAAACAAACUAACUCUGUCGCAUGGCAAUUGUUCUGACAACAAACCGUCACUGUCGAAUUUAUGAGACACGUGCACGGUUUGGCAUGGUUUAAAUUCGUUAUCUUUUUUUUGCAUUCGUUCGAGAAAUUUAGCACAUUAUAAUGCAAUUUUGUUUUCCAUUUUGUUACAAUACAUUUCGCUUAAAUACCUUUGCAAGUGGCCACUUUCUGUCAGUAGUUUGGUGUUGGAAGCGUGCUGUGAAGUAAAAUCUUUAGUUAGGGAGCUCAAAGCACACCUAACCAUGAUCAUCGAUAGUGAUAAGACACAUGGUAUGUAGCAUGAAAUCCUAUUUCCACAUCAACCAAGCCUUUUUUAGUCAACUUAAACAACCCCUUCUUUCCCAGCGCUUCUCUGGAUCCUUUUAAUGUGGCAUCAUCUAGAGCUGCAUCUGUGUGUCGGGCAGUGUGUGGGUGCAGGGUUUUUUAUAUGCGAACUAGGCACCAUCAACAUGACCUCCGACGGCGGGGUGAAGCUGCGGAGAGCGAUUGAAAAGCAAAAGAUAGUACACAUUGAGAAGCUCAUCGUGGCGGUUAGUGCUUCUGGACCAUUUCUGCAAAAAAUUACCAAUUUCGUAGAUACCGUCAUAUACAACAACUACCGCGAUGCUACCUUCUUCGUACCGAACGAUAACACUAUCAGUGAAAUCGACAUCAUCAGUGCUCGAACCACACGAACGUUCAUAGCUGGAUCAAACGUUAAUCUAGAGAGCUUCAGCAUUGAACAGUGUUUGAUUGAUCGUUUGCCGCCAACUCUUUCCAAGAUGACCCGAUUGAAAAGUUUUUCAAUAAGACGCUGCAUGUUGACGGUCCUACGACUGGAUAUGUUUGUAGAAAACCAGAAUCUAAACUAUCUGGAUUUGUCCUACAAUCAAAUACGGCAAUUGAUCCCAAUCACCGGGCGACCCGCUAGGAUGUUAAGCAUAGCAAAACUAUAUCUCGCUGGCAAUGUGCUAGAGCGUCUUGAUAUGGCUGUAUUUGUAGCCAUGCCGCUACUAUCAGAGCUUUACAUUACCGAUAAUCGAAUUGUUACCUUGGAUGUGUCAGUAUCACUCGAUCUAAGAAACUUGACACUUCCCAAGGUUGAAACAUUCUCGUUUGGCCCCAACGCUCUCACACAGAUGCCUAUCCUGCCAAGACUAAUGCCUAAAUUUAACUACAUAUCACUCUUUGCAAACAAUCUAACCCAGCUAGACAUGACCUAUUUCCGACCGUACCCGAACCUGCAAAAAAUCUAUAUAACUUCGAAUCAAAUCACCACUGUACGAGCUUCUUCUCCUGUGCGAUUACCGCUCGUUCAUCUCGUAUUGACUGAUAACAAAAUCACUACGUUCAACAUCACCGGAUGGGACAUGCCUAACAUAACAUUGCUGAACCUUGAUGGGAAUAGACUCACGUUGGUACCUCCUGUUUUUGACCGCUAUCCAAAAGUUGUUCUAGUUAUGGAUCGUAACCCACUACCGUGCAAUGCUUUGUCACCGUUCAAGGAUCGACUAAAUAACGAUCAACUGCAGAAAGAACAGCGACCUUUGUUGAUGGCAUGCACUACCACAUCAUCGUUUGCAAUUGAUGAAACAUUAAAGGCGUGCUGUGAUAAAUGAAAUACAGUAAAAUUUUCCCAACACUACUUCUCUAUGAAUCAGGACAAUUUCUGCGAGCGAGUUGUCCUAAAAUAAUGUCUCGUGGUUUAAAGAGGAAAAUAACUUUUAUAGUUCUGGGUAUGCGUUGCAUAGUCGGCGAAUGGGAGUGAGUUUUCAUCUAGACGCUGUGUUAGAGAGACCUACAAUAUACGGAAAAUGACAAGGCCGUCUAAAUAUUCCAAUAUGAGAAACCAUUCAUGUAAGAGGCACUCCAAAUACGAGCAGCACAAACAGCACACAAUAAACCCCAAAAACCAUAGUGCGGCUAACUACAUUUCGUCAUAAUACAAACAUAUACAACAUAAGUGAUGGCGACAUAGCAACAGAUGUUUAGUAAUAUUGAAAUAACAGUUACAAUAACGUAGCUAGUGAAAAUAAUAUAGGGAUUUCUAGAUCACUUUACAUUGUGAAGAGCUUUAUUCACUCCAUGCGAGACGUUUAUUGCUUAUAUCAUGUGACUGUUACCAUGCUACACUAAAUAUUUGAUACCAAAGAAUAAUGUAAUUAAAGUGUACGUAC